AGUGAGGUCAUUAAAACUUUAUUGUAUAGAGACAAUUCAAUGUUUUGUGAAUAGAAAAAUUAUCCUAAAAGGAUGACUACUUUUAUACCGAAUGUGCAUAUUAAAGAUGGAGAAUACACAAAAGCAAUUUAUUCAAUGAUUAAAGAACAACGAUAUUCAGAAACAAUAAAAGUUUUGAUUAUUCUUCUAGAUUUUUACCCCAUUUCUAGGCCUUGUUUGUCUCUUCUUGCUCACUGUUAUUUUUAUACACAAGAUUUCAUAGCUUCUGCACAAUGUUAUGAAAAAUUAGUUCAAUUAUGUCCUAAUGAAAGUAUAUAUAAGUUGUAUCAUGCUCAAUCUUUACACCAAGCAUGUAUGUAUCAAGAGGCUUGGACAAUAUGUUCCAACAUCAUUAAUCAAAGUAAUUUGGAAUUUAAAAUAAAGAAACUACAAGCAGCAAUAAAAUAUGGGCAAGAAGAUGUUGUCACUGCGAAAAAUCUUGUAGAUCAAUGUCCAAUGGAUGAUGUUGAUACAGAAAUUAAUUUAGGAUGUCUUCUAUAUAAGGAGGAACAGUAUGAACAAGCUCUAAAAAAAUUUGUAAAUGCAUUGCAAAUUGUAGGUUUCAAGCCUCAUUUAUCGUACAAUGUGGCACUUUGUUAUUUUAAAUUAAAAGAAUAUGCUGCAUCAUUAAAACAUAUCGCUGAUAUUAUAGAACAAGGAAUAAGGGAACAUCCAGAAUUAGGAGUGGGUAUGACAACAGAAGGUAUAGAAGUACGCAGUGUUGGAAAUACAUUAACACUUCAUGAAACAGCUUUAACAGAAGCAUUUAACUUGAAAGCAGCCAUAGAAUAUCAAUUACAAAAUUAUGAAUCAGCAAAAGAAGCAUUAACAGAUAUGCCUCCUAGAUCUGAAGAAGAACUUGAUGCUGUCACUUUGCAUAAUCAGGCUUUAAUAAAUAUGGAUACAAAACCAAAUGAGGGAUUUGAGAAACUUCAGUUUUUACUACAACAAAAUCCAUUUCCACCUGAAACUUUUGCAAACUUAUUAUUGUUAUAUUGCAAAUACCAAUAUUAUGAUCUAGCAGCAGAUGUUCUUGCUGAAAAUGUACACUUGACCUAUAAAUAUUUAACAUCAUAUUUAUAUGAUUUUUUGGAUGCAUUAAUCACACAACAAACUUCACCAGAAGAAGCAUAUCGCAAAUUUGACGAUCUCGGUAACAAACAUAUGGAAAUAUUGCGGAAAGCAACAAAAAGAGUUCAGGAAGCACGAUUAAAUCAUGACGAUAGCGCUGUUAAAAAAGCUGUUAAUGAUUACGAGGAAGCUUUAGAAAGAUAUGUUCCAGUUUUAAUGGCACAGGCUAAAAUUUAUUGGGAACUUGGAAAUUAUACGCAAGUCGAAAAAAUUUUUAGGAAAAGCGUCGAAUUUUGCAAUGAACAUGAUAUAUGGAAAUUAAAUGUAGCUCACACCCUUUUUAUGCAAGAAAAUAAGUUUAAAGAAGCAACGGGAUUUUAUGAGCCAAUUGUUAGAAAAAGAUAUGAUAAUAUUUUAGAUGUGAGCGCUAUAGUACUCGCAAAUUUAUGUGUAAGUUAUAUCAUGACAUCCCAAAAUGCGGAAGCUGAAGGAUUAAUGAAAAAGAUAGAAAAAGAAGAGCAAGUUGUUUCACGAGAGGAUCAAGAUAAAAAAUUAUUUCAUUUAUGUAUUGUGAAUUUGGUAAUCGGAACUUUAUAUUGUUCUAAAGGAAAUUACGAAUUCGGGAUAUCUAGAGUGAUGAAAAGUUUGGAACCUUACAAUAAAAAGUUAGGAACAGAUACUUGGUUUUACGCGAAGAGGUGUUUUCUGUCCCUUUUAGAACAGUUGGCUAAACAAUUAGUAGUUUUAAAAGACACUAUACUCCAGGAGUGUAUACAAUUUUUAGAACACUGUGAAGUUUACGGAAGGGACGUGGUAACAAUAGUAGAAGAGCCUUUUGAUAUGCAAGAUAUGUUUUCUAUUACUCCAAAUGGAAAGCAAACGGUUGUUUAUGAAGCGCGAUAUUUGAAAGCCCUAUUUUUAAAAUUACAGAUGUCUUAAAUAUAUAUAUAUAUAUUUAUUUAUAUUUAUUUAUUCAUAUUUAUAUAUGCAUAAUAUGUACAAAACUU